AUGCGGCAGAUGCUGCAACACAUGGAGCUGUAUGGCAUUCCCAAAGAAGACUCGCGGCGGCAGACGCUAGAGGCGCUUCUGGCGCAGCAAAAGUCGCUGCGUGCGAGCAAGGUCGAAGUGUGGCAGCCGACUGCGGCGGCGCGGCUGCAGCAGCAGGCUGUGGCGUAUCGGCAUCUUGUUCGCGGAGCAUCUGUGCCGCGCGAGGUGCUGAUGGAGCUACGGGCGCACGCGGAAGAGGCCGAGGCCGACGGGAUGGGAGGCUUGCUGCCCGGGUCGUGGCCCAAAUUCCGCGAGCCGGACGCCAACAAGCGCGAGUCGAUGCUCCGCAAGCGGCUGCGUGGGCGGCUGGACGAGCUGCAGAGCUUCCCGCUGGAGGCGUCGCUGGACGAGACGACGGUGCGCAAGCUGCAGGUUGAGACUGCGCAGCUUAUGGCGUUCCACGUUCAGCAGAACACGCGGCAGACGCUUGCGCGGCAGCAGCAGCGGGCAGCGCGGAUUGCGUCUGCACGGGCGCACCGUUACGAGCUUGCGCGGCCGACGCUCAUUGAGGCUGUGCCGGGCUCGACGGCCAUUUCGGAGCGGACGCUCAGCUCUGCGCUCGACAUGAUUGCGGAGCAGAAGCAGAAGGCGCUGCUGGAAGCUGUGGCCGAGCGGCGGAAGGAGAUGGUGGAGGCGGGCAAGCUGCGGACGACGGCGCGGCGGCUGCUGUGCGCGGCGGUGCUCGAGUACCACCAGGCCAAGAAGAAGGCGGCCGAGCUGGAGCAGGAGCGGGCCGAGCGGGAGCGGAUCCGGCUGCUGAAGGAGAACAAUGAAGAGGCGUACCGCCAGCUGGUGGAGGAGACCAAGAACGAGCGGCUCAAGUCGCUGCUUGACCAGACCGACGACUACCUCGCGCAGAUUGGGCAGGUGCUCUCACGCGAGAAGCGGCGUGUGGAGGCCGAGGCGGCGGCGGCAGCGGCGGCCGGCGAGCUUGCGCUCGGGACGGCACCACUCCCAGAGACCUCGGAAGGCGCUGUGGCGGCGACGGAUGAGGAGGCAGCUGCGGCUGCGGAAGACCUGACGACGGCGCGGGCGGGGAUCAACUACUACGAGAACAUCCACUCGGUGAAGGAGGUUGUGACGCGGCAGAGUCCGUCGCUUGUGGGCGGGACGCUCAAGGGCUACCAGAUUGCCGGACUCGAGUGGCUGGUCUCGCUGUACAACAACGGGCUCAACGGGAUUCUUGCCGACGAGAUGGGACUGGGCAAGACGAUCCAGACGCUCGCGUUGGUGACGUACCUGAUGGAUGUCAAGAAGCUGCCCGGCCCGUUCCUCAUUGUGGUCCCGCUCUCGACGGUCUCCAACUGGGUUAACGAGAUGAACAAGUGGUGUCCCUCGCUCAAGUUUGUGGCGUACAAAGGCCGGAAGCAGACGCGGCGGGCGGCGUACAACAAGAUGGUGGCUGAGGGCUUCCACGUCUGCCUCACGACGUACACGUUUGUGGUCAAGGAUGCGUCGAGCCUGGCCAAGUUUGGGUGGAAGUACAUCAUCAUCGACGAGGGCCACCGAGUCAAGUCGAAGAAGGCCAAGCUGACGAUGACGCUGACGGAGGACUACCGGACGGAGCGGCGGCUCAUUCUGACGGGCACGCCGCUGCAGAAUAACUUGCAGGAGCUCUGGUCGCUCCUCAACUUUCUGCUCCCGCACGUGUUUGGCUCGUCGGGCACGUUUGAGCAGUGGUUCAACGCGCCGUUUGAAAAGACCGGCGAGUCGCUCGAGCUCAACGAAGAGGAGACGCUGCUCAUCAUCAACCGCCUGCACAAGGUGCUGCGGCCGUUCCUGCUUCGGCGGCUGAAGAAGGAGGUGGCGAAGCAGCUGCCGGACAAGGUGGAGACGGUGCUCAAGUGCGACAUGUCGUCGGUGCAAAAGGCGCUGUACAAGCGGCUCUCGAACCGCGAGGUGGUCAAUGCCGGCGGGCCCAAGGCGCUCAACAACGUGCUGAUGGAGCUGCGCAAGGUGUGCAACCACCCGUACCUGUUCCCGGACGCGGACCCCAAAGUGACGGACCUCAACAUUGUGCGGUCGUGCGGCAAGUUUGCGCUGCUGGACAACCUGCUCCGCAAGCUGCGGGUGCUCGGCAACCGAGUCCUGCUCUUCUCGCAGAUGACGGCGCUGCUGACGGUGCUGGAGGACUUUCUCAUUUUCCGCGGCUACACCUACAUCCGACUCGACGGCUCGACGCGCAACGUCGACCGCGGCGAGCUGCUGCGCAAGUUCAACGCGCCGGACUCGCCGUACUUUGUUUUUCUCCUCUCGACCCGCGCCGGCGGGCUCGGGCUCAACCUCCAGUCGGCCGACACGGUCAUUCUCUUUGACUCUGACUGGAACCCGCACGCCGAUCUGCAGGCGCAGGACCGUGCGCAUCGAAUCGGGCAGAAGACGCAGGUCCGGAUCUUCCGGCUCAUCACGCAGAACAGUGUGGAGGAGCACAUUCUGGCUCGGGCGCUCGAAAAGCUCGAGAUGGACGCCAUGGUCAUCGGCGCCGGCAAGUUUAACCAAAAGUCGUCGGCCGAGGAGCGGCGCGAGAUGCUCAAGCAGAUCAUCUCGCAGGACAUCUCCGAGCGUGCGCCGGACGACCUGCCGUCGGCGUCGGAGCUCAACGAGCUCAUUGCGCGGACGCCUGUUCAGUACGAGCUCUUUGAGCGGAUGGACAAGGAGGCGGAACUGGCGCGUCUGGCGGCGGCGCGGCGCGACCGCAACGCGCUGGAGGGCAAGCCGCCGCUCAUGACCAAGACCGAGCUCCCCGAGUGGCUGACCGAGCAGACGCUGCAUGCCGAACGCGAGGCGACGCGGCGGGUCAUGGCCCAGGAAAUGGGCAAGGGCAAGCGGUCGCGCGGUGCCGACGUCAUCUACAACGACGGCAUCACCGACGACCAGUUUGCCGAGAUGCUCGACUCGGGCAUGACCGAGGAGGAGAUCCAGGACUACAUCCUCAGCAAACGGUCAAAGCGGAAGCGGAAGCGGACGACCCGUGGCCGGCACGCCGCCGAGGCCGGCUCGGAUGACGACGAGUCGGGCGGAGCAGGCUCCGAGUUUGACCCCGAGUCGUCGUCUGGUGGCGACGGCCGCCGCCGGCCGCGGCGGUCGACGGCCACCGGCCGGCGGAAGAGCGCUGGCAGCGGGCGCGGGCGCGGGCGCGGGCGCGGGCGCGGGCGCGGACGCGGACGUGGACGUGGGCGCGGGCGCGGGCGGAGUAGCUCGUCGCGGGCAAGCUCGGCGUCGCGGCCGUCGAAGCGGCAGAAGACCUUGGGCAGGAAGAAGCGUGGCGGCGAGUCUGACGAUGACGACGGUGGUGAGUCUUCGGGUGCAGGGCCGAUUGCGCAGUGGCGGGCCAAGGCGCAGGCGAUGAUCGAGGAGCUUCGCCAGGUGACGGUCGAGGAGGGCGAGGGUGACGAGGCGUUCUCCCGGACACUCUCGGACCCGUUCGAGGUCCUCCCGUCCAAGGCCCUCUACGCCGAUUACUACCGGUUCAUCAAGCGGCCGCGCAGUCUCCAGCAGAUCAUGGCCAAGCUCGAGACGUCGCGAUUCAAGACGUGGCGCGCGUUUGUCGCCGACGUCCGGCUCAUCUUUACCAAUGCCAUGGCCUACAAUCGUGAGGACUCGAACAUCUACCAGGAUGCCGUCCGGCUCCUCUCAGCCUUUGAAGACAUUGUCGAGCGCGACGGCGUGCCUGUCGCAAGCUCGACGUGAAGAGCACGGGAUGGAUGGUAAACUUUGCUUUGGUCUUG